AUGCUGCUUUUGAUCGUCGCCCCACUUAGCACGCGAACGAAGCCGCAGGUAGUAAAACCACGUGUUGUUAAGCGUACGGCUCCACCGGCAAGUUUCAAAUGCUUUUCAUGUGGUUUAGCGGGACAUAAACAAGCCACGUGUCCGAAAAAACAAAUACUGUCUUCUUGUACUACUACGACCAAUAAUGAUAUAAAGCCGAAUUCUAAAAUAACUUGUGCGUAUUGUAAAAAGUUAGGUCAUCAUAUCAACGUUUGUUUUGCUAAGCAGCGUUCCGAUCAGAGGAAGAGUAAUGUUAAUUUUUGUUCCUCGCCUAAUUUAAAUGAUUAUAGGGAUGUCAUGGUUGGAGUGGUUCAAGGGAUGCCUAUUGAUAUUCUUAUAGACAGCGGUGCUUUAGACGUGUCUCUUAUUUCAUCCUCCGUUAUUAAUCAUUUAUCAUGUUCUAUGAAACCAAUAUACCGUGAGUUAAAAGGUGUCGGUCAUACUAUCACUCGAGUAUUUUCUUUUGUAACUCUCUUAAUUGAAUUUGAAGAAAUCACACUUGAAGUUGAUUUAUUAGUUGUACCUAGUGAAAGUAUGAAUGCACCAAUUAUUAUCGGUACAGACGUACUUAAUCGUGAAGGCGUGAUGUAUGUGCGUACCAAAUAUUACCAGCGUUUAACUUGUAGUGCAGCAAAAGUGUCGGCUAUAGAAGCGAAUGAGCAUCCUAUCAAGACCUCAUUGAUCGGGAACGAUUAUGAAAAGCUUCAAAUAAUUUUGAAGAAAUUCUCAAACUUCAUGAUUACUGGAGUUGCUACGUCAACUGUAACUACAGGUGCAGACCACUCAGAUGAGUUAAUGACCUCCUCAUAUGCAGAUGAUAUGGAUGUUGAUAUUGCUGGAACUCGAAACCGUUGCAAUGAAGAAGAUGCCCCUUUUCAGCCUGACGAGGGCGUCAGAAUGUCAGGAGAGGUCGUA